AUGCGGCAGCAAGAAAGCCUCAGCUCCCGAAAGAGAAGCCACCGCAGCGGGGUCGCGGCGUGCCUUUUCCUUCUGACGGCCGCGGCUGUGGCGGUUUUUCUCCUCACCUUCUGCGCCGGCUUCGGGGAGGACCCGCAGCCGCCCGCGGCCGCCGCUGCACCGGCCCUCGCCGCGCAGGGCCCCCCCACCGGCGUCGCCGCGGAGGCCUUCCGCGGCCUCCCGCACGGCCACCUGCGCAUGUGGCGCCGGCACGAGCACCUGGUCGUGCUGGGCAUCCCCUCCGUGGACGACGAGCCGAGGCGGCGGCGACGCAACCUGCAGCGGUGGACGUGCUGGCGCUUCCCCGGUGUGGCGACGCGGGCAGAAUGA